UAUCCCUCCUCGUCCUUCACUUCUUUCUAUUGUAGCUGAGGUAGGUCAGACUCUGCAGUGAUUUAGCUGGAAAAUAAUUAAGGCAGGGCUUGGCUAGGAAUAAUGAGAGUUCAUAAAGCCAUCGAUUCGGGCUAAUGUGAAUAGUUUGAUUCGUCUGGAGAGCUCUUUGGAGAGAUAGCAAUUUUGGUUUCAGCUUAUUUUAUUUUAUGAUCUUUUUGGAUGCCUAUUUUUGAUUAAGUGUGUGUUACUUCUGCAAUGGCGGCUUCUUUAGCUGCUAUGCAGCGACCUCAAGCUGGAGCUUUGAAUACGGUUUAUAAGAGUGGUCCUCUUUUCAUUUCAUCGAAAGGACUAAGUUGGACAUCUUGGAAGAAGCGUUGGUUUAUCCUUACCCGAACUUCUUUGGUGUUCUUCAAAAAUGAUCCAAGUGCAUUACCACAAAAAGGAGGUGAAGUAAAUUUGACUCUUGGAGGCAUUGACUUGAACAGUUCCGGGAGUGUCGUGGUGAGAGAAGAUAAGAAGUUGUUGACUGUACUAUUCCCUGAUGGGCGUGAUGGACGAGCCUUUACCCUCAAGGCUGAGACAUUGGACGACUUGUAUGAAUGGAAGGCUGCCCUUGAGCAAGCCCUUGCACAAGCCCCCAAUGCAACACUUGUAAUUGGUCAAAAUGGAAUAUUCCGAAAUGAAGCAAACAAUGCUAUGGAAGGGUCCUUUAAUUCAUGGAGGGAUCAACGCCCAUUGAAGUCUUCGGUUGUUGGAAGACCAAUUUUGCUUGCUUUAGAAGAAAUUGACGGAAGUCCAUCUUUUCUUGAGAAAGCACUUCAAUUUCUUGAGACAUAUGGAACCAAAGUAGAAGGAAUCUUAAGACAGUCUGCAGAUGUUGAGGAGGUAGAACGCAGAGUUCUAGACUACGAACAAGGCAAGACAGAAUUCAGUCCUGAAGAGGAUCCACACGUUGUUGGAGACUGUGUUAAGCAUGUUCUGCGGCAGUUGCCUUCUUCUCCAGUCCCAGCGUCGUGCUGCACUGCUUUGCUGGAGGCUUAUAAAGUUGAUCAUAAUGAAGCUCGAGUUAAAUCACUGCGCUCUGCUUUAAACGAAACAUUUCCAGAGCCAAACAGGCGACUACUACUGCGGAUUCUAAAGAUGAUGCAUACUAUCACCUCUCAUUCAUGUGAAAACCGGAUGACUUCAUCUGCUGUUGCUGCUUGUAUGUCCCCAUUGCUCUUACGUCCUCUACUGGCUGGAGAAUGUGAUCUAGAAGGUUUCGACACUCUAGGAGAUAACUCUGCCCAGCUUCUUGCUGCCGCUAAUGCUGCCAAUAAUGCUCAAGCCAUUGUCACAGCCCUUUUGGAAGACUAUGGGAAUAUGAUCAAUGAUGAAGAUCUUAAAAGAUGCUCCACUUCUACUGAUUCUCAUAUUGGCGACAGUGGGCCUGAGAACUCAAGUGAUGAAGAAGACAUAGAGGUCAAACGUCCUGACUUGCAUAAUCUGGAUAUAGGAGAAGGGGGAACAGAUGAUGAGAAUGAUGUUAGGCUGAGCAGAAAACCGAGUGAGAGCAGUGAUUAUGCUGGCAGUGAUCUGUACGACUACAAGGGAUUUGGUGUUGAAGAUUCAGAUGCUGAGUCUCCUAGAGACAUCCAUUGUUCAGUCGAGAGUACAGGCUUUCCCACUAGAGUGAAAAGUCAAAUCGAAGAGCCUAUUAAAGAUAUAGAAAUUUCCAGCGUAUCACCUACUGAAAAUUGUUAUCAAUCAGGUAGAGAUGCUAUGCCCUCAGUUACUCCUAGUACUCCUCUCACUGCUCCUAGAUACACAACAUCAGCUGAGAAACCUGCAAAUAAAUCUACUGGCUUAUCACCAGUUAGUGCGAAGCGUUCUUCAUCCUGGGGAAGAGGCAACGGAAAAAAAACACCUGCUAAAGGAUCAUUUGAUUCCUCAGGAAAUGACGAGCUUCUUAUACAGAGGCUCGAGCUCAUGAAAGAUGAACUGCGGCAACGAAUUGCUAAGGAGGCUAAAGGAAAUGCGGCUCUACAAGCUAGCUUGGAGAGAAGGAAGCAGGCUUUGCACGAACGUCGGUUGGCACUUGAACAAGAUGUGGAAAGAUUACAAGAACAACUGCAAGCUGAGAGAGACCUACGAUCCGCUCUUGAAGUUGGUCUAAGCAUAUCUUGUGGACAAUUUAGCUCACAAGCUGCGGACUCCAAAACAAGGGCUGAACUGGAGGAGAUAGCUCUUGCUGAAGCUGAUGUCGCGAGAUUGAAGCAGAAAGUGGCUGAAUUACAUCAUCAGCUUAAUCAGCAGCGACAGCAUCACUUAAGUUCACUCCCAGAUGCUCAAAGCCAUCACCAGUUUCUCCAUAAUCACAACACUCAACUGAACUCCUUUCAGCAGGACUUUGAUUCCAUUCUUGCUUUCGUAAAUCAGGAGAGAAACCAGAGAACGGAUGAGACUGGCCUAAGAGCAGAGUGGAGGAACGGUAGAGGAAACAAUAGACAAGUACCAGGGUCACCGAGCUUAAAUGCAGCAUCCUUAGGCAUCCCAAUGGAAGAGUUUUCUCCGGUGAUGGAUUACACAAGACAUCAUCAUCAUCAUCAGCCACCAGCAGCAUCUGCAGCUCUGAUGGAGCUAACCACUCGGCUAGAUUUCUUCAAGGAAAGACGUUCACAACUGAUGGAACAGAUUCAGAAUCUUGACCUCAACUACGGUUCCUCUUCCUCUUCUCUACAGCGAUCCUCAUCUCCACCGUGGAAUUAGUAGUCUCUUUUGAGAAAGCUUUUGUCCAAAAAUAUAUAUAUUAGGAAAAAAUGUAAAAAAAAAAAAAAA